UUAAAUCUUUCUAUUCCUGGGGAUGGGGGAUUAGGAGCGCUGUCAAUCAAUUGUGCUACAAUAGCACGUGCAGCAGUCAUGGUUCAAGACGCACAGAGGUUUAUCGUAACUCCAGCAGCCGGGUGAGGGUGACUUGGAAGCCUCUGCAAGAUCCUGGAACAGAAACUGCGCUGAAUAAUGUAUUCUGAGGUGUACUGGAUACCUGAGGAAGGGCUUUAAAUAAUGCAUUUUCUGGGCAUGACAGUUGUAGCAGAAGAGAAUGCUGAAACCUGUAGCGAGACUACAGCCUGAGAUGAAAGAAUGUCUCAUUACCAUUUUAUCAAAUGCUGCUGUUUCCAGCUAUGUAAUGUUUUUCGGACCCAUGAGAUGGAAAUUGAGCAGUGCUUGCUGGAGUCCCUCCCCCUGGGCCAGCGGCAGCGGCUGGUCAAGCGCAUGCGCUGUGACCAAAUCAAGGCGUACUACGAGCGGGAAAAAGCUUUCCAGAAACGGGAGGGCCACGGGAAGAAGCUGAAGCAUGGAAAGAAUCAACGAGUUUGCUUUAGUCCUGCUGAUAUGAUACAGGAUGCAAUCAUACGCCACGAUGAUAAAGAAGUGCUACGACUGUUGAAGGAUGGUGCUGAUCCUCACAUGCUUCUCUCCUCAGGAGGCUCCUUGCUCCAUGUGUGUGCUCGCUAUGAUAAUGCAUUUGCUGCAGAAAUUCUAAUUGACAGAGGAGUGAAUGUAAAUCAUCAAGAUGAGGAUUUUUGGACAUCAAUGCAUGUAGCCUGUGCCUGUGAUAAUCCUGAUAUUGUCCUGCUACUGCUACUAGCUGGAGCAAAUGUGCUUCUGCAAGAUGUUAAUGGAAAUAUUGCACUUGAUUAUGCUGUAGAAGGGACUGAAUCUAGCAACAUCCUUCUGAUGUACUUGGAAGAAAAUGGUGUAGAGCUGAAUUCCUUACGCCAAAUGAAGAUUCAGAGAGCUAUGACCAUGCUUACAGAUGUCCGACAGCUCAUCUCAAGUGGAGGGAGUGUGAAUCAGAAGAAUGAUGAAGGAGUUACCCUGCUGCAUGUAGCCUGUGCUAACGGAUACAAGAAUGUUGCAUCUCUGAUACUGGAUCAUGGGGCUGAUCUCAAUGCAGGGGAUAAUCAGUACUGGACACCCCUACAUUUGGCUGCAAAGUAUGGACAGACCAAUCUUGUGAAGCUGCUUUUGAUGCACCAGGCAAACCCCAAUCUUCUUAACUGCAAUAAUGAAAAGCCUUCAGAUGUUGCAGCAUCUGAUUUUAUUGAGGAAAUGCUUCUGAAGGCUGAAAUUGUUUGGGAGGAAAAAAUGAAAGACCCUUUAGCUGCUUCUACUUUAUCUCAAGAAGAGCCAUAUGAAGAGAUCAUCCAUGAUUUGCCCACAAUUUCCAAUAAACUCAAUCCCCUGGCUUUACCAAUUGCCAAGCAAGACAGUUUGCUGGAGAAAGAUACCAUGUUCAAAGAUGCAGCUAAAGGCUUGUGUAAGCAGCAAUCUCAAGACAGUGCAUCUGAAAAUAUCACUGUGAACACCACAACCAAACUUGAGCAGAUCAAGCUGAUGCCUCCAGCUCCAAAUGAUGACCUGGCCUCUCUGAGUGAGCUAACAGACAGCAGCCUACUUUACGAGAUUCAGAAGCGUUUCAACAACAAUCAGAUAUAUACCUACAUUGGUGAUAUACUGUUACUUGUUAACCCGUUUAAAGAACUUCCUAUUUAUUCCACCAUGGUCACUCAGCUUUAUUUAAGUAACUCUGGAAAACUGUGUUCCUCACUUCCCCCACACAUAUAUUCCUGUGCUGAAAGAGCUUACCACAUGCUAUUUCAGGAGCAGCGUCCCCAAUGCUUUAUCCUCAGUGGAGAAAGUGGUUCUGGGAAGACUGAAGCCUGCAAACAGAUAGUGAAACACCUCACUUGCAGAGCCAGCUGCAGCAGAAAUGCCUUUGAUACAAAGAUAAAACAUGUAAAUUGUAUCUUGGAGGCCUUUGGACAUGCUAAGACACCCUUGAAUGCUUUGUCCAGCUGUUUUAUAAAGUAUUUUGAACUACAGUUUUGUGAGAGAAAAAAAACAUUAAUUGCAGCUAGGAUUUAUACGUACAUGUUGGAGAAGUCUCGUGUUGUUAUCCAACCUCUCAAUCAGAGUAAUUUUCAUGUUUUUUACUUGAUGAUGGAUGGAUUGUCUGCUGAAGAAAAAUACACCCUGUACCUCAGUAAUUUAUCUGCACACAGGUAUCUAAGCCAGACUGCAUUAGAAGAGAUGUUAGCAGCCAACCCUCAAAACAGGGAGAAAUUAACCAUACUAAAGCAAGCUCUAGGUGCUCUGGGAUUCAAUAGCCUGGAGGUGGAGAACCUGUUUGUGAUUCUGUCAGCAAUUCUGCAUCUUGGCGACAUUCGCUUCACGGCCCUGACGGAUGCUGAGACAGCGUUCGUGUCAGACCUGCAGCUCCUGGAGCAAGUGGCAGGGAUGCUGCAGGUUUCACCAGAUGAGCUUGCUUCAGCCUUAACAACUGAUGUUCAAUAUUUUAAAGGAGACACGAUUGUUCGGAGGCACACUACAGAGAUUGCAGAAUUUUACCGGGAUCUCUUGGCAAAAUCUCUCUAUUGUCGUUUAUUUAGCUUUUUAGUCAACACAAUCAACUGCUACCUUCAAAAUCAAGAUGAGAGUGUCAGUGACCAGGUGUUUGAAAUUGGAGUAUUAGAUAUUUUUGGAUUUGAAGAAUUUCAAAAGAAUACUUUUGAACAGCUGUGUGUCAACAUGACCAAUGAGAAGAUACACCAGUACAUCAAUGAAGUGCUUUUCCUACAAGAGCAAGCAGAAUGUGUACAAGAGGGAGUUGCCAUGGAAACAGUGUAUUCUCCUGGUAACCAUACCGCAGUCUUGGAUUUUUUCUUUCAGAAACCAUCAGGCUUUUUGUCAAUGCUGGAUGAAGAAAGCCAAUCUAUUUGGUCAGUGGAACAGAGUCUUUCUAAACGCAUUCAGUCUUACCUGGAUACAUCAGAUACAAAUACAGUUUAUUCUUCCACAAAAGAUGGAAAUGGUAACCUUGCCCCAAAGGAUCUGGGCUCUACCUUCACUGUUAUGCACUAUGCUGGGAGGGUUACAUAUGAAAUUGCUGGUGCGAUAGAAAAAAAUAAAGAUUCCCUUUCACAAAAUCUCAUAUUUGUAAUGAAAACUAGUGAAAAUGUUGUCAUCAAUCAAUUGUUCCAGUCCAAACUGACGCAAACAGGAUCACUUGUUCCUCCUUAUCAUUCCCUUAAAAUCAAAGGUUGUAAAGCAGCUUUGCUCAGUAAAAAACCAUCUGUAGCCUGUGCAAGUGGAGAAGCAAAGAAGUAUAUUGAACUCAGCAAGCUGUUGAAAAAGAAAGGAACAUCCUCAUUUCUCCAGAGACUGGAACGAGGGGGCCCAACCACUGUGGCAGUACAGCUCAGGAAAUCACUUGCAGAUAUUAUUGGGAAGCUGCAGAAUUGCACACCACAUUGCGUUCAUUGUAUAAAGCCUAAUAACUCCAAGUUGCCAGAUACCUUUGAUCAUUUUUAUGUGUCCGCUCAGCUGCAGUAUAUUGGUGUCUUAGACAUGAUCAAAAUUAUCCGACAUGGGUAUCCAGUACGUCUCUCUUUCGCAGACUUCUUGUCAAGGUAUAAAGAUUUGGCUGAUACAGCAGCAGGAGACAAGAAGAAGUUGAGUGCCAAGGAGAGAUGUCGUCUUGUUCUUCAGCAGUGUAAAUUGCAAGGCUGGCAGAUAGGAGUUCGAAAAGUGUUUCUUAAGUACUGGCAAGCUGACCAUCUCAACGAUUUGUGCCUUCAGCUUCAGAAGAAAAUUAUAACCUGCCAAAAAGUUAUAAGAGGAUUUCUAGCUCGCCAGCGCUUGCUACAGAAGAUGAGCAUCAAACAGCAAGAGGUCACCUCAAUCAAAAGCUUCUUGCAGAAUGCUGAGGAUAUGGGAUUGAAAACAUAUGACAACUUGGUGAUCCAGAAUGCCUCUGACAUUGCUCGGGAAAAUGACCGGCUCCGCAACGAGAUGAACGCUGCUCACCACAGGGAAAAGGGAGACGCUAGAAACAGGCCAGAAGAAGGCCAGAAAAGAGCUGAAGACAAGGGUGGGAAGGUCUCUGAGGACAGCUUUGCCGGCUGUCGAACCUCUAAGCACUUUCACUCCAGCUCCGUGCCUGUCCCCAUGGCAGUGGAUGGCUUGGCGCAUUCUGCCGCUGGGUCAUCCAUCAGAUCCCCCUCCCUGCACUCGGUUUUCAGCAUGGACGACAGCAAUAGCCUGCCAUCUCCAAGGAAACAGCCUCCUCCCAAGCCAAAGAGGGACCCCAACACACGACUGAGUGCCUCCUACGAGGCUGUUAGUGCUUGCUUGUCGGCAGCUUCUAAGGAAACCGCUAAUGAAGUACUGACCCGUCCAAGACCACACAGUGAUGACUAUAGUACCAUGAAAAAAAUACCUCCCAGAAAACCAAAGCGAAGUCCAAAUACAAAACUUAGUGGUUCUUACGAAGAAAUACCUGGCCAAAAGCCUGGGGAUGUAAAAAAAGCAAGCACAGUAGUUAAACCAAGUGUCUACGACACUGUGACAGUACAGAGAACAGCUGCUACUGAUGGGCCACAACACGGCGUGUUGAAUCUCUUUAUGUCACAAGAAGAGGAGGAAAAUGAGCCUGUCUAUAUUGAAAUGGUAGGGAAUGCAGUGAAAAGCAGUUCUGCUGAAGUGGAGAGUCCAGAACAAGGAGAGUCUGUAUAUGAAGAAAUGAAGUAUUUUCUACCAGAAGAAGGCAGCAAUGGUAAUGGAAUAAUUCCAGUAGUGACUGGAUCUCCUCCUCUGUUGUUUGAAAGCAAAAAAAAUAUUAACAUUGAAGAUGGAACAUUGGAUGGAAACAGCCAAGCAGCUUUGAUCUAUAAAGACUCAUGUGACAUUCCAGCCCCUUUCCCUAACUUGCUCCCCCACAGACCACCACUUCUUGUAUUCCCUCCAACCCCUGUCACAUGUUCACCAGCCUCUGAUGAAUCACCUUUAACACCACUGGAGGUCAAAAAGCUUCCUGUUUUGGAAACCAACCUAAAAUACCCUGUGCAGUCAGAAGGUUCAAGUCCAUUAUCACCACAGUACUCCAAAGGCCAGAAAGGGGAGAAUGACAGACCAGUAUCUCCAGGCCUGAUUGUGUUCAGUGUUUCCACCAAAGUGACUCCUCCUUCCACACCACCUCCUCCACUGCCACCACCCCCUCCUCCUGUACCACCUCCUGCUUCCUACCGGGCUUCCAUACAUUUUGCAUCUCCUCCAGAGACUUGUGCUAGUUUUCUGAUUAGUGCAGGGAAAACAGGUACAAAUUCAGAUCUGCCAAAAGUACCUCAGAGAACCACUCCUGCUCAGCUUGGAGGCUCGUCUUCUCCAUUUUCCAAACUGCCUUACUCCCCAAAGGUGGCAAGAGCAGAGCACAGGAAAUUGAACUCAAAUUCAUCAUCUUCAUUUUCAUACAGCCCUACAAACUCAAGGUCGUUGACCAGUCCCCUUGAUGAGUUAACUAGCUUGUUCAACUCAGGAAGGAGUGUGCUACGAAAAUCUGCAGCAGGACGCAAGAUCAGGGAGCCAGAAGGUGCUGAAACUAAUCUGAACUUGAGGAGCAGGGAAGAUCCAAAUACAUCAGAUCCUGGAUCAGAAACACAGGAUAAAAAUGCAAAUAAUCAUGGAACUCAGUCAUCUAAUCCAUUGUCCAGUUCUGUGACUGCUGAAAAUGGAAAUUCAGUAUCAAAUGGAUUACCAGAGGAAAAUGACUUUUCCAGACUGUCUGCCAGCACUACAGCAGGCUCAUCUAUUCAAAGGCACAGGGAGAGCCACACUAGUCAGGUAAUUCAUCAGCUUAGACUUUCCGAAAAUGAGAGCGUGGCUCUACAAGAGCUUCUAGAUUGGAGGAGAAAGCUGUGUGAAGAGAGAGAAGACUGGCAGCAAAUAUUGCACAAUACUGAGCAGAGAAUCUCAGCCCCACCUCCACCCCCCUGUAAGAAGCCGACGCUGCUGAAGAAGGUAGAAGAUACCUCCUGCAACAGACUCUCUUCGGGCAUAUGGGAUACCACCAUAUGAGUCAGAUGUGUGUUUGCAGACUGUUAGGAAUGGAACCAUCUAAUGACUUCAAUCUGCACAAUCAGCAAGUUUCCUUCCCUUCACAAAAUGUGCAGGGAUUUUUUACAAGCACUAACUCAAUAGCACAGGCUGGAGGAGUUGUUUAGAUCUGUCGUGUGUGCGUGUGUGUACAUGUGUGUGUUUGUUCUUUUCAUAUAUAUACAUGUAUACAUAUAUGUGUGCACCAGCAAGUAUAUAUAUGUAUGCAUGUGCAUAUAUGUAUGGAGACAAACUGCACUAUCUUAAAAGUACAAAACAGUCACUUGGAGUUCUCCCAUGGACAAUGAAGAAAAUAUGUUAAGCAAAUGAUGAUGGGGAGAAGUGACUGACAGACAUUUUGGAGAGAUCAGGAAAGUCUGUGUGCACACUGUACAGCUGUUUUAUACAGUACAAAAAUAUGUUUCUUGUUCUCUAAUGAAUGGGUUUAUUAUCUUACAUGUAUACAUAUAUAUAUAUAUAUAUAUAUAUAUUUCUUUGUAGAUGUCUGUGUUCCAUGGAGAUUAUUUACAUGUUUUUUUCUGGUGUUUUAUGACUUCAUGCAAUUGGUGCUGUCGUUCUUUCUUCAAAAUACAGGUAAUAAAUUCAGUACUUGCAUUUUUCUUUUAUAGAUUAUCUUUAACAACAUACCAAACAGUUUCAACACUGUGUUAUUUUUUUCAGAACUGGCAAUAUCCUUUCUAAAAUCCAAUCCUUAAAUUCUUGCAGAGCUCCUAUGUGUAGGAGUGAUUUGGUGCUGUUCGCAGUCAUGAAUUAGAGACCAUUACUUCUUUUUGAUGGACCUGCAUUUCUGAAUGUGUGAACUGUGAAUUUGAAAUUACAUCUCAAAUCUUAUUCCAUUCUGGGUUAUGUAAAAUAAUGAGGCAUUCAUUUAGAUUAUAAGUGUGGUUUGAAAUUCAUAACUGAUUAUGCAUAAGGUCAGGUGUCAGUGGAAAGAUACAUAGUGGUAAUGAGGUAUGAAAAUAGGUCUGUGAUUUACUGUUACAGGCCAGAAGGCUUUGCAGAGAUGGGUAUAUCAAAGUAUUAUGUCCUUAUUACGGUAGCACAGUGAUGCAUUUAUACCUCAAAUUUCGUGUAAUGAAAUGGUUUCAGAAAUUGCAGCAUUCUAGUUAGUGUAGAUGAGUUCUGAGCAGUAAUGUUAAUUUAUGGAAAACAUGCUGCUGGGAACUUGUCAGUUAUUACCUAGCAGUCUUUCAAAUACUGUUUUGCCACUAAAAGGUGUAAUUUAUAUAUAUUUAAUUGUACUUUUCUGGGCUACUUAUUUUAAGUUCUUGGAGUAUGUAGAGCCAGUGUGGAACUCUUUUCUUGGCUGCUUGUCCCAUUCCUAUUGAGAUGCAGGAAAAAGUGCUACCAGUUUUGCAAGUGGAUAUAAAACAAAUAUUUUCAAAUAUAAGCUAGGUCUAAAAAGGUGCACUCAUUCUUGUUGGAAGUUGUGGGAAAAGGAAAAAAAUCCAUAGAGGUGUAGGUUUUUCCAUCAUGUUUGACAAAAUUUCAAUCAGGCUGAAUAGUAAAAAGCAACCACAUGCUUCUUUGAUUGUUUAUACAAGGAAGCAGCAAAACUCAAAUUGUU